AUGACGUACAGUCCGUCUAUGCAGCAGAGCACCCCCGUGGUUCGGCCUGUCAAGCCUGUCACUGUCACGCUGGAUAUAUUGAUAAGGAUGAAACUCAAUUUGUGGGCUGAAACACUAAAGAACAAGUAUGAUGAAGUUCCAAGCAAUCAAGCGGGCAAAGAAAUCAACCACCACAUAAUCAGAGAAAAACUUAAAUCCACCCUGAGGAGAAAGUACCAAAACAUUUACGAGGGGAAUGCAGAUGAAAGAGACACCGUCUACUUGAAAAAAAUCUACACAGAGCUGCACGUGAUCGAAGGAGCCCGGGGAGGCUUCAAUGAGGAACAUGAGGUCCGACAGCAGAGGUCCAACCAUGUGAUGACAGAGGAAACUUCCAUUGAAGUGAGGGACAUCAAACCCAAGCCCAACCAAGAGAAGCGAAUCAGAACUGUGCUUACCCAGGGUAUACCUGGAUCGGGUAAAACUGUCUGUGCACAGAAGUUCACACUGAGCUGGGCAGAAGGAGAGGAAAAUCAGGACAUCGCCUUCCUCUUCCCGCUUUCUUUCCGUGAAAUGAAUCCCAACAUUGGUGAGAAGGACUACAGUCUGAUGCAGCUGCUCCAUCAGUUCUUCCCAGAGAUGAAGCCCCUUGAGACUUUGGGGACAGAAUGCAAAGUCCUCUUCAUCUUUGACGGCCUGGAUGAGACUCUCCUCCCCCUGAACUUCAAGCACAACAAGGUCUUAAGAGAUGAGACGGAGCCGGCCUCGCUAGAUGUGCUGAUCACCAACCUCAUCACGGGCGAUAUGCUCGGCAAUGCUCUCAUCUGGAUCACGUCCAGACCUGCGGCAGGUAGCCGGAUCCCUCGAAAGCACAUCCACCAGUGGACAGAGGUGAAGGGCUUUGCUACUGAACAGAGGGAGGAAUACUUUAAAAAGCGUUUGCAUGAUGAUAACCUUGCAGUCAGGAUCAUCAACCACGUGAAGUCGUCAAGAAGCCUCAACAUCAUGUGUCAGAUACCAGUUUUCUGCUGGAUCACAGUCACUGUAAUGAAGAAAAUGUUGCACAACAACGUAUCAGGAAGCAUGCCCAACACCCUGACCGAGUUGUACGCAUAUCUCCUUCUCUGCCAGACAGACCUGAUGGUUGAAGGACACUACCCAAUGGGAAGCGACAAUGUCGUCUUGAAGCUGGCAGAGCUUGCGUUCCGUCAACUGGAGAAAGGCAAACUGAUCUUCUAUGAGGCUGACUUGAAAGAAUGUGGCAUUGAUGUCAAAGAGGCUACUAUCUACUCAGGAGUUUGCACAGAGAUCUUUGUAAUGGAGGGCAGAAGGAGGAGAGAAGUUUUCAGCUUUGUACAUUUAACCAUCCAGGAGUUUCUGGCAGCUGUAUAUGUCCAUCACUCCUACAUGCAAAGAAAAGAAAAUGUUCUCCUUGGAUAUCUGAAAAGGAUCUCUACAAGAUGGCUCCCCAAGUCUGUGUUCAGGUUUCACAAGAUUGCCAUUGAAAAAGCCUUGGAGAGUCCAGAAGGCCGAUGGGACCUCUUCCUUCGCUUUCUCCUAGGACUGUCGCUCAAGUCGAACCAAGAGCUCCUGGGUAGAAUAUUGUCUUUGGAAGCCGAAGGCGAGGAAGCCGAAAGCGAGGAAGACUUGGCGAAAACCAUCCAGUUUAUCAAGGAAAAGAUCAAGGAGGAACCAGAGUCCAAGCUCAACCUCUUCCACUGCCUGAGUGAGCUGAAAGAGUUGUCCUUGGUGCAGGAGAUCCAGAGCUUUAUGAGUUCUGGGAGGCUUGAAGCCAAAAAGAUGGAUCCGGUCCAGUGGUCUGCUCUUACUUUUGAACUGAUGACAUCGGAGGCAACAGGGGAAGAGUUUGACUUGAAGAAGUACAUUAGAUCAGAAGAAGGGGUAGUGAAGCUGCUGAGCGUUAUUACUUCCUCCACACGUGCUCUGCUAAAUCGCUGCAACAUAACUGAAAAUUGCUGUGAAGUUUUGGCCUCUGCACUGAGCUUGACCUCGUCUCACCUGACAGAACUGGACCUGAGUGACAAUAAGCUGAAGAAUUCAGGGGUGAAGCUGCUUUCUGUUGGAUUAGGGAGUCCACAUUGUAAACUGAGAAGUUUAAGAUUACAUAAGUGUAAACUGGAAGGAGACUGCUGUAAGGCACUGGCUGUUGCUGUCAGCACAGAGUCUAACAGACUCAGAGACCUGGACCUGAGUGCUAAUGACUUCCAGGAAGCAGGAGUGAAGGCUCUGUGUGUGGGACUGAGAAGCCCCCACUGCAAACUAGAAACAAUGAGGUUAAAUGAGUGCAAGCUGAAAGAGAACUGCUGUGCUGAUUUGGCUUCAGUCUUGAGUGCAAGCACAUCACAAAUGAAAACUCUUGACUUGAGCAACAACAGCCUGAAGGAUUCUGGUGCAUCUCUCCUCAAUGCUGGACUAAAGAGUCCACACUGUAGACUGGAAACACUGAGUGUGGAACACAAUGCAGAGUGCUACCUGAAAUCAACACUGAAAAACUAUGCAUGCACGCUGGCGUUGGACACAAACACAGCUGCCAAGUCUCUCUAUCUGUACGACGAUGGAAAGCGGGUGACGUGGGUCAGGGAUAGCCAGCAGUACCCAGAUCACCCCGAGAGGUUCGAGAGUGUCUCCCAGGUGCUGUGUCACCAAAGCCUCACCCAGCGCCACUACUGGGAGGUGGAGUGGCGGGGACGCUGGGUGGAUGUGGCCGUGGCGAUGAGGGGGAUCCGUCGGAGGGCGAGCUCUCACCUCUGUGGGUUUGGCUCCACUCACCAGUCCUGGAGUCUGUACUGCUCUGAGGAUCACUACAGCGCUCAACACGACCACCAGCCUGUGGAAAUACCAGCACCUCCGUCUCGCUCUCACAGGGUUGGGGUGUACCUGGACUGGCCGGGUGGCACCCUGUCCUUCUACAGCGUCUCUUCUGGGACCCUCAGCCACCUUCACACGUUCUACAGCACCUUCACUGAGCCCCUCUACCCCGGGUUUGGGAUGGAGGAAGAUGACCGCUCGGUAACUAUUUGUACAGUGGAGAGUUUGUAAGAACUCAUUCAUGGAUCAGCUUGUGCAGAAAGAACUCACAAACUUUGAGUGUUGUUUGAUUUUCUGCUCACAGAGUGUGGUAGCAGUGCUGGGGAAUGACGUGAUGAAAAGAGUGAUAAAAGAGAAUUUUGAAUGGUCUCUUAGGCUGCUGUUAGGACAGCAUAUGCCAAAAAUGAACUUAGUUAAUUUAUUUAUAUUGGACAGGUUUUUAAUGUAAAAACAACAGCAUUCUGGACACUUUUGAUCUGUGAAAUAGGGCUGGGCGAUUUGGACCAAAAGUCAUAUGCCGAUAUAUUUAGGCUGAAUAUCGAUAUAUAUCCUGAUAUUUUUAGUGCAAAGUGAGAGCAAAUGUUCAGUCAAAGU